AUGUACGAUACUUACAAUAAGUCUGGUGAGCUUAUUCCAACAAACAAGUGGCACAACUCAGUCAAGAUUUUUAGCCAUCUCGAUGUUGCUCUGGAGAACCAUGGUAUUGUAUUGAGCAAAAAUACAUCCUUUUGCAACAGGAUGUUAAGUGGCCCAUUGGAUAGCCCAAGAGAGGUUAUCCCGGACCUCAGGAUAACUAAAAUUGGGAUGUCCAUUAGAUUUACAAUUUUGGCCUUUUCUAAAUUGGUCAGAAAUGCAGGAACAAGGCUAGGCGAUGCUUUUCUUCACCAAUUGCCACAUGCUUUUGGUGGUAUGAAUGGCUCUGUAGUUUAUGAACUCGACAGACCUGAGAAUGUAGGUCCUAAGAAGUCCCUUAAAGACAAGGGGAGAGUUUGGUACUCCACUGCGGCUUUCUCUACCACCUCCGGCAGCAUUAGAUAA